AUGAUGAACUCGGAACAACAACGCGACAGCUUUCUCACCACCAAACACGGAAAAACUCGAUACAUUUUGAACAGUACCAACCUCGAAGCACCCACGGAUCAUUUGAUUGUUUUUGUUUGUGGUAUUUCUUCUCAUUCCUAUUCCUUUCACUUUUUAGUGAAAGCACUUAUGAAACAAUGGACUUCAUCAUCGUCCUCACAAAAUAUUAAAUAUUUGCGUUAUGAUAAAUAUGGAAGAGGAAAGUCAUCAAAUCCAACGGAUAUUCUCCAUGAUGGUGAUUUAUUUGUUGAGCAAUUGUAUGAAUUAAUUGACGGUAUUGAACUGAAGCCAAGACAACAACAAAAUAAUAAUAAUAAUAAUAAUACAUCAACAUUAUCAGCAAAACCAAGAAUUACAAUCAUUGGAUUCAGUAUGGGAGGUGCUAUAUCAACACUUUUUGCUUCCAAAUAUUCCGAUUUGGUGGAUGAUUUGAUUUUAUUUUCUCCAGCAGGAGCGAAAUGGAAAUUACCAUUUGGAAGUUCACUGGUGAAAGUUUCUUGGUUAGGAAGUAUCAUUUAUGGAGCUCUUCAUAAUGCUUCCACGACUGAGCAAAAAAUUGCGACGGGUCUUUUUGAUCUGAAUAACGAAUUGGUGAAAGAACGAAUGAAGUUUGCUGUAGAAAUGAAAGAAAAAGAGGAUGAUUCAAAUUCGCAAAUUAGCAGUUUUGUCAACUCUUUCACUAACUUCCCGCUAACUGCUAUUGAGGAUAAAAUUCAAUACAUUGGUACCAAAUAUCACAUGAAAAUUAUGGUAAUUUGGGCUUUAUUUGAUGUCACAGUACCUGGAGAUGAAUGUUUUCCAACAUAUUUCAAUAUACUUGGACAACAUCCAAAAUCAAGAUUUGCAAUACUGAACAAUACGAGACACAUGUUUUACAUGGAAAGAGAAGAAGAUACAGCAAAAUUAAUUUAUAACUUUCUGAAUGAUCCAAAUGACGAUGGAGAUGUAUUUGAACGAUCAUCAAGGGCUUUGCAGAAUAUUCAACCACAGCCCUCCAACGAAAAAUUAAUGUCCAAUAGUGACAAGAUCAAGCUAACAUGUUUCACAGAACAUCAAGAGUUUAAAAAGUUUAUCGUUUAG